AUGAGGGACUUGAUUGUAUUGGGGGGUUCAUCUCAUCCUAAUUUGACUAAAUCAAUAUGUCGAAGCUUGACACUAGAACAAGGUCUUGUGGAUUCUCGUAAAUUUUCCAAUGGUGAAAUAUCAAUUGAAGUUAAGAAUAGUGUUCGAGAAAAAGAUGUCUUUAUUAUUCAAAGUGGAUGUGGGCAUGUUAAUGAUAAUUUUUUGGAGCUCUUGAUCACUAUAGCUGCAUGUAAAACUGCAAGUGCCAAAAGAGUGACUGCGGUUUUACCAUUGUUUCCUUAUUCAAGACAACCAGAUAUACCUUAUCUUGCUAAUGCAACUGGUGCACCAAGCAUUAGUACCAAAAAGGAGGAAUACACUUUUGAAAGUGCGCCUGCAACUCCAAAUCCAUUAUCAAAAUCAAGUAGUGAAAAAUCGUUUCUUUCCCUGGCAUCGUCGUCGAUAGUAUCGGAAAACAAAGCAGCAACCACAGGUGUAAACAACAUUAGUAGUGGCAACAGAAUUAAACUGCCAGUUCCAAAGAAAUACACUCCAAAAUUAAUUCACACAAAUGCCUCAGCAACAAAUUUUUUACCGCAAGUGGACGCUUAUGGUAAAACCGAGAGUGGUUAUAAACAAUGGAUCUCUCCAAAUGGAACUUUGAUAGCCAAUUUGUUGACUACUGCUGGCGCUGAUAGAGUUAUCACUAUGGAUUUGCAUGAUCCACAAUUUCAAGGAUUCUUCAAUAUCCCCGUGGACAAUUUAUAUUCAAAACCUAUUUUGAAACAUUACAUAUUGAAUUUCAUUCCUAACUAUAAAGAUUGUGUCAUUGUCAGUCCUGAUUCAGGUGGUGCCAAAAGAGCAACUGCUAUUGCUGAUUCCUUAGGUUGUCCAUUUGCAUUGAUUCACAAGGAGAGAAGAGCCAAGUUGCCAAAGAAUCCACCUCUGACUUCCAUGAGUAAUAGUCAUAGUCAUAAUCAUUAUAAUUCUCAACAUAAGCCGACAAUGGUUGCAACUACCAUGUUGGUGGGUGAUGUUGCUGGUAAAGUUUGUGUUUUGGUGGAUGACUUGGUUGAUACCUCGUAUACUAUUACUAGGGCUGCCAAAUUAUUGAAAGAUCAAGGUGCUGAAUAUGUGUAUGCAUUGGUCACACAUGGUAUUUUUAGUGGUGAUGCCAUCAACAGAAUACAACAAAGUGCUAUUGAUAAAUUAGUCGUUACAAAUUCUACGCCACAAUCCGAGCAUGUGGAGAUACUAGGUGAUAGAAUGGAAGUCUUGGAUGUUAGUAGAGUGUUUGCUGAAUCUAUAAGAAGAAUCAAUAACGGUGAAAGUGUUAGUAUGUUAUUUGAUCAUGGGUGGUAG